CUCUUGUCUGAAAAAAAAAAACUCUAACCAACAAAAAAAAAAAAAAAAAAACUCUCUUUCUCUCUCUGUAACUAGAGAGAUACAGAAUGGGGAGGAAGAAAGGAGAAGGAGGUAAAGGCAAGGCAAGACCUUCAAGCAGCAGUUUGGCUGCUUCGCUUUUGCCGACGGGUUCUACGGCCACUGUGGGAUUCGGUGGCUAUGUUGGUAGCUCUCGUCUCGAUUCUUCUUCUCUCGCCACCGAAGACUCUGCGCCCUUUCUUGAUAUAGACGGUGAAGUGGCACAACACUUGAAGAGGCUUGGGAGGAAGGAUUCUACUACCAAGCUUAAAGCUUUGGCAUCUCUAUCUGUGCUGCUCAAGCAGAAGUCCGGGAAGGAUAUAGUACCUAUUAUUCCACAAUGGGCAUUUGAAUACAAGAGGCUGUUGCAGGACUAUAAUAGGGAGGUUCGGCGAGCCACUCAUGACACCAUGACUAAUCUUGUCAUUGCCGUUGGGAGAGAUUUAGCUCCACAUCUGAAGUCUUUGAUGGGACCAUGGUGGUUUUCUCAAUUUGAUCCUGUUUUUGAAGUUUCUCAAGCCGCAAAACGGUCAUUACAGGUGGCCUUUCCAGCACAGGAGAAGAGAUUAGAUGCUUUGAUUUUAUGCACAAAUGAGAUAUUUAUGUAUCUGGAGGAAAAUCUAAAGCUCACACCAGAAAAUAUGUCUGAUAAAGCAGUAGCUUUGGAUGAAUUGAAAGAGAUGCAUCAGCAGGUGAUAUCUUCAUCAUUAUUGGCACUUGCAACACUACUUGAUGUAUUGGUCUCUAUGCAAUUAGAAAGACAUGAUUUUGAUAGCUUACCUGCUGAAUCAAAACACGCUUCAAAGGCCAGGGCAACUGCUAUUUCUUUUGCCGAAAAGUUGUUCACUGUUCACAAAUAUUUUGUGGACCUUUUAAAGUCUCAAAGCCCUGCUAUUCGGUCGGCUACUUUUUCAGUAUUAAGGAGUUUCAUAAAAAACGUUCCUCAGGUUAUAAAUGAAGGAAAUUUAAAAACUCUUGCUAGCACGAUACUUGGGGCUUUCCAGGAGAAGGAUCCUUCUUGUCAUUCAUCAAUGUGGGAUGCAGUGUUACUAUUCUCUAAAAGAUUCCCCAACAGUUGGACUUCCUUGAAUAUUCAGAAAAAUAUACUCAAUCGGUUUUGGCAUUUUCUUAGAAAUGGGUGCUUUGGAUCUCAGCAGAUUUCUUACCCAGCUUUGGUUCUUUUCUUAGACACUUUGCCACCUAAAGCAAUUGCAGGAGAGAAUUUUAUUCUUGACUUUUUCCAGAACCUCUGGGCAGGAAGGAAUCCUUCCCAUUCCUCAAAUGCUGAUAGACUAGCAUUCUUCCAGGCAUUUAAAGAAUGUCUUAUUUGGGGAUUACAUAAUGCAUCAAGAUUCUGUGAGGGAUUGGAGUCCAUCCAUCAUUUUCGAGUCACUCUUAUUGACAACAUCCUCGUAAAGCUUUUGUGGCAAGACUACAUGUUUUUUGUCAGUGUGAAAAACCAAGAUAGAGUCUUCUCUGGAAUAUCUGCAGAUUCAUCUGACAACAGUGGUUUAGCUUCUAAUAAGAAGACAGUGGAAACAUUGAAUGUUAAUUAUCCAACGAGCUAUCUGAAAGACUUGGGAAAAUUUAUUAUUGAAAUUCUUUCAGGCAUAAGUUUACUGGAACAUGAUCUGCUCGCUGCUUUCAGUACAGAAUUUCAGGAAAAUUGCCUAGGUAUGCUACAGCAAACAGAGAGCUUAGAAAGAGCUACUGAGAGUGUAGAACGCAUCAUUCAUUUUAUCUUAUUACUGGAGCAACAUGGAAUUCAUAGAGGUGAAAAUUGGCCUUUGGUUGAUAUAGUGGGACCAAUGUUGGCAAAGUCUUUCCCAUUAAUACGAUCACAAGACUCACCAGUGAGUGUGAGACUUCUAUCAGUUGCUGUUUCUGUAUUUGGACCACGCAAGAUACUCAAAGAACUUUUUAUUCACAAGAAAGGUCCUUCCUCUAGUUGUCUGUCAGAUGGCAGUGAUGGGCAAUUAAAGGAAGAGCAAUUUAUGCAGAUGUUCAGGGACAUUUUUGUUCCUUGGUGUUUGUAUGGAGAAAAUUGCUCUACCAGUGCUCGACUUGAUCUGUUGCUUGCCUUGCUUGAUGAUGAAUAUUUCUCUGAGCAGUGGGGUAGUGUUAUAACAUAUGCAACUAACCUGGAGCAUUCUGAAACUAUGAAUGGGUACCGAGACUCCAAUCAUAUAGCAAUAUUGGCAGUGCUAUUAGAGAAAGCAAGAGAUGAAAUUGAGAGGAGGAAAGUGGGGGAAGAUUUUGGUACUCGGAAAGGUGCCAAUCCAGAUCAUUGGCAUCAUGAGCAUUUGGAACUGGCUUCUGUUUAUGUGGCAAAUUCACUUCCUCCCUUCAGAACUUCUGAUGCUCGGUUUGUGUGUGCUGUUCUUGGUGGUUCGAAAGAAGGCGAUGAAACUACUUUUGUGUCCAGAAACACAUUGAUCUUGAUAUUUGAGGAGGUUUUCAGAAAGUUACUCAGUUUUGUUCUGGAGUCCUCUUUGACUUGGGUUAGGGAUGCAGGUUCUCUGUUAGCUGCUGGGGUAAAGAAUUUUGGGAUGGAAUUGGAAAGCUCUUUGAACGUGUGUGAGAUGGCUCUGUUUGCUCUUGAAGUACUUGAUGGUAGCUUCUUUUGCUUGAAGACGCUUGGUGAGGAAAAUGGACUAGUUACAGGUAUUUUAGCUGCAACAUUUAUUACUGACUGGGAGUUUAGCAUAGGAACAGCAAUAGGAGAUGCAAUUGAUGACGAAUCCAGGAAAAGAAUUAAGGCUAGGUUGGAUUUUGGUGAAUCAGUGCAUGCGUUUCAUUGUAAGAUAAGUAAUCACUUCUGGAAAAGCCUCAGCAUAAACCAUAGGAUGAGAAUAGGAAUUAUCUUGACUCAGUCUAUUCGUUCUGCUGUUUUCAAUGAAGAUAGACUAAAUGCCGAUAAAAUCACAUCUUUGUGCUGCCUGUGGAUGAUUGAAAUUCUUCAACGUCUUUGUGAAUAUCAAGAUGAGGAACAAAAUCUCAUGGAUCAGCUUCUGAGCAAGGAUGAUACUUGGCCAUUGUGGACUAGUCCAGAUUUUAACACCUCAAAGGGAAUAGCUGCGUUGGAUGUUGAGAAUGCAACCUUUGAUAUUCAUGCCUCUAGGAGUAACAAGUUUGUUUCUUUCAUCAACAAACUAAUCCUGGAAAUUGGUAUAGACACAAUCAUUGGUUUUGUUAAACAUGAUCCUUCUCCACCUGAGGAAGCAGCCAAUGAAGAGGAUACUGCUCGAGCCUGGCUUGCUGCUGAAAUAUUGUGCACAUGGAAAUGGCCGGGAGGCAGUGCUGUAGCUUGUUUCUUGCCUUUGCUGAGUUCAUAUGCCAAAAGUAGAACUUAUUGUUUCCAGGAAAUCUUCUUGGAUUCCAUUUUCAAUAUAUUACUUGAUGGUGCUCUUGUUUAUGGAGGAAGAAGCGCACAUAGUUUGUCUGUUGUGUGGCCUGCUUCAGAUGAUGAAGUCAAGGUUAUUGAAGAACCCUUCUUGAGAGCUCUUGUAUCUUUUCUUUUUACUUUGGUCAAAGAUGAUAUAUGGGAAAUAGAGAAAGCUAUGAUAGUGUUUGAAUUGCUUGUAAAUAAGCUUUUUAUUGGCGAAGCAAUAAACAGAAACUGUUUGAGAAUUCUUCCUCCUCUUGUGAAUAUUCUUGUACGAUCAUUAUGUAGAAGAAGCAUUGCAUCUGGUGAAACUGGUAGAGAUGCUAAUCUUGAUUCUUUAGACAAAAAUCAUAUGCAGGAAGCUAUUGAAGGCUGGCUCCAAAGACUUCUAUUGUUCCCACCUUUGAUUUUAUGGCAAACAGGAGAAGAUAUGGAAGAAUGGUUUUGGUUGGUUAUAUCUUGUUACCCUUUAAGUACAAUGGGAGGUAUACAAGCAUUGAAGCCAGAGAGAAACAUAAGCGCUAUUGAGAGAACACUCUUGCUUGAAUUAUUUCGAAAGCAGAGACAUGUUGCUGGUGUAACUGCUGCAGCUAAUCAGCUGCCAGUGGUGCAGAUGUUGCUAUCAAAGCUAUUAGUUAUUUCACUUGGUUAUUGCUGGAAGGAAUUUAAUGAAGAAGAUUGGGAGUUUUUGUUGUCAAAUAUAAGGCGUUGGAUUCAAUCAGCAGUUGUAUUGAUGGAGGAAGUUGCUGAAAGUGUGAAUGAUGCUAUCACUAGCAUGUCUACUUCUGAUAAUUUGGAAAUUAUUUGUCAAAACCUCAAGCAAAUUGUUAUGGUUUCAGAUUCGUUUCCUAUAGAUAUUGCUACAAAUGCCCUCCUAUCAUUUUCUCUGUUUUCUGGGCCUCUUAUACUCCAACAAGCAGAAGAUGCAAAUAAUGUAAAUCCCUUGAGAACAGAAAGAUGGGAUCCCAUCAAAGAUCGGAUUCUAGAAGGUAUUCUUCGCAUAUUUUUUUGCACUGGAAUUGCUGAGGCUAUUGCAAGUUCCUGUUGUCAUGAGGCUGCAUCUAUUGUAGCAUCUUUUCGACUUGAACAUCCCUACUUCUGGGAGUUAAUAGCUUCAAGUGUUGUUAAUUCUUCGACACAUGUUCGAGAAAGAGCAGUAAAGUCAGUUGAAUUUUGGGGGCUAAGCAAAGGGCCCUUUAGCUCUUUGUAUGCCAUCCUUUUUUCCUCCAGACAAGUUCAUUCGUUGCAGUUGGCCGCUUAUUUUAUGCUUUCAACUGAACCUGUGUCACAUUUAGCCAUCAUUGGAGAAGAUACUGCAUCUUACCUGGUUGGUGAUACUACAAGUGACCAGGAUCCAAGCCGUUUGGAUUUGUCAUCAGAACAAAGAAUCCAUUUGAGGGAGGAAAUAUCUUGCAUGAUUGUGAAGUUACCUUAUGAGGUUCUUGAAAUGGAUUUGGUGGCACCACAACGGGUAAAUAUCUUCCUUGCUUGGUCCUUGUUACUAUCACAUUUAUGGUCGUUACCAUCUUCAUCAUCUGCAAGGGAGAGAUUGGUCCAGUAUAUACAAGAUUCUGCAAAUUCAGUGAUUCUAGUUUGCCUUUUCCAGCAUAUCCCUGUAGAACUGUUCAUGGCACAUAGUCUGAAGAAGAAAGACACAGAGCUUCCUCCUGAGAUAGCAGAAGUUGCGAGUGCAGCCACACGUGCCAUUAAAACUGGUUCAUUGUUGUUCUCAGUGGAAUCUCUUUGGCCUCUUGAAGAAGUGAAAAUAGCUUCGCUUGCUGGAGCAAUAUUUGGUUUGAUGCUUUGUGUUCUUCCUGCUUUUGUUCGAGGGUGGUUUACCGAUUUACGUGACCGUUCUACAUCAACUGUAAUUGAAUCUUUUACAAGAGCAUGGUGCAGUCCUGCUCUCAUUGCAAACGAAUUAUCCCAGAUUAAGAAAGCCGAAUUUGCUGAUGAGAAUUUUUCAGUUAGUGUAAGUAAAUCAGCAAAUGAGGUUGUUGCAACCUAUACAAAGGAUGAAACAGGAAUGGAUCUAGUCAUUCGUCUUCCUGCAUCUUACCCAUUACGCCCUGUGGAUGUUGAUUGUACGAGGAGCCUAGGAAUCAGUGAAGUGAAGCAGAGAAAGUGGUUAAUGUCUAUGAUGUCAUUUGUCCGUAGUCAGAAUGGAGCUUUAGCAGAAGCUAUCAGAAUUUGGAAGAACAACUUUGACAAAGAAUUUGAAGGUGUCGAGGAGUGUCCUAUCUGUUACAGUGUCAUCCACACUGCCAACCACAGCCUUCCUCGCCUUGCUUGCAAGACUUGCAAGCACAAGUUCCAUUCAGCCUGUCUCUAUAAGUGGUUCUCAACUUCUCACAAAUCAUCUUGCCCCCUGUGCCAGUCUCCAUUCUGACCUAGUGAUCAACCUGGAAUCAGUCUCAAUGAAUUUUUCUUGUUUGAUUGCACCGUAUAUCAUUUAGCCAAAAGAAGUGGUUGAUGGUAUAAUUGAAGAGUAGAAGCAUACAUCCAGAGAACAUAGCUGUUAAUUUCUUCUGCAAAAUAACUCAAAUGCAUAAGCCAAUACUCCUAUUCUGGGCAGUGUUUUUUAUAGUCCUUUGCUCUUUGCAAACCCCAGACUCGUUUAGUGGAUGAAAGGGACAGCAUAGGUGUAGAGGAAAAAUUUGUAAGCUCCUCUCUCUCUCUCUCUUUCUCUCUGAGUCCAAUAUUCUUGUGAUCCAAGAAUUAAUGAUCAUGCCUUUUGUUUUGUUCGGUGCUGGUAGCUAAAGCUUCCUUUGAGAUCAUAGAUGAGAUGCAUUACACUGCGGCCAAAUCAAAAUCGUAAAAUCUUUUUGAAAAUGUUCUCAACCCUCAAUGAGUUCUAAUGAAGUUGAACGUUGUCUCCAAGUAACUACAUACUUCUAUUUAGGUUUUGAAUGUUGGUUAUUAGCUCAUGCACAUAUGCAGAGAAAUAUACCCAGAAUUUUGGGUACAUUAUAUAUGUAAAUAGAUCUAGUUUAUGAAGUCCCAAUUUUGUUUCCCUUUUAGAAUCUCAGUAAUGUUGAAAGGGUUGAAACAUAGUGAUAUGCAAUCUUGUUUGUUUUAUAA